AUGGAUGUAAGAAUUCAGGCGGUUCUUCUGCUCUGUCUUCUCUCCUCACCGAUUUUCUCCCACGCGUCGCGCCCGUGGCGAGCAGGAACCUCGCUACAGGACCCGCCGACACAAUCGCGUUCAGAGUCCCCCGAGCCGCUUGGUUUGGACGACCUCCGUCCAGAUACAGGCAGCCGCGUCGUGGAAUCCGUCUCAACGGCUCUUUCGGCGUGGGACGACGAUGACAACAACUUAAGCGCAACGAGCGGCGACGGCGCCGCGGCGGCGGCGGCAGCGGCGGCGGCGGCGGCGGCGGCAGAUGAGGCUCUUGGCAACGGCCCCGAGACGGAAGGUUCGAGCGAGGAUGGAGGGCUGGGGACGGAAGAAGACAACAUGAACGUGGUUGUAGCGGGGCAGAACAGCGUCGUGACUUUUGGCGAGGACUCCUCGGAUCUUGUAGCGGACGAAAUUCCCUCGGCUGUAGCAGAGGAGAUCCUCACGGCUGUAGCGGAGGGCGCAGCGGCAGAUAGCGACGUGGAGGAACGCGAAAAUGUGGCUGUAGCGGGGCAGAAUACGGUCGUGCUUCUAGGAGAAGUAGCCGCUGCAGUAGGCGACAAAUUGGUUACAGCAGAGAUGGCGGAAGUUGAGGCGGAGGAGAAAGCGGAAGUUAAGGCGGAGAUGAAGGCGGAAGAGGCGGCGGCGGAAGCCGCGGAGGGACAGGACAUCGCGGCGGAGGUGGAGGCGGCGGCGGAGGAAGCCGCUACCGCCGCUGCUGAGGCGGCAGCAGCUGUAGCCGCAGCUGCAGAAGCUGACACCGAGACGGCUGUAGCAGCGGGCGCGGAGCCUGUAGCAAACGAUGACGCGGUGAGCUCAGACGGCAACGAGAGCCCCGCAGACGCCGAAACAGAGGGUGCCCCAGCCGAUUCGGCUGUAGCAGGGGACGCGAAGUCUGUAGCGGAAGGCGACGCGGUGAGUUCAAACGGCAGCGAGAGCCCAGCAGGCGGUGAAACUGAGAGUGCUCCCGCAGAGGGCUCUGAAACGGCGAGCGCUGAAUCGGAGAAUUCUGAAACGGAGAGCCCUGCGGAGAGCCCUGAAACGGAGAGUUCUGAAACGGAAAGUUCUGCGUCAGCGGAAGCUGGAACAGCAGAGUCUCAGUCCACUGAGGGAGCAGAUACGGAGGCGGAACAAAGUGCAGAUUCGAAUACUGGUGCUCAAGAUUCCGAAUCCGUGGGCAUAGCUAAUGAGGAGAGCCCUGGCAGCGAGAACGAGGGCGACAUUGAGGGUGCUGCUGCUGACAGUGACGGUGCUACGAGGACUCUGGAAGAUGGGCCGACGGCGGAGGAGAUUUUGCCGGAAGGGUCUGACGGACUGGAAGAGGGGGCUACAGCAGUCGCCGUUCAGUAG